UUCCCCCGAAAUGUCAGCACAAUAGAUUAUAGAGCCACAGGCAUUGGGAAUAGUGCUUUGGAUUAAAGUUUUCAUGCAAAGAAACAGUGAACAAAUUUAUGUGAGUAUAUGGACAAAUGCGGACACUUUGCAGGAACAAUACUACAACGUUAGAUUCUCCAGGCAACUUCAAAUUAUUUUAACCUUCGGUUCACAGUGGGUAACUCUGUAUUUUCAACAAUAUAUCAGGCAGAGGAAUCUUCAUGAGAAAAAAGUGAGGUUUAUAAAGGGGAACAACUCGCAAUGGAGGAGGGAAACCGUCCCUGUAAAAGGAAGCGGACCGACCAGGAGCGGGAAGGCUCUCCAGAGAUACACAGAAAAUCCGAAUCCCAUCUUGAUAUCCAGACCUCGAGCUCCGGAUCAUGUGGAUCAGGGGGGUUGGAAUGUGGGAAACUCUCGGGGUCAUGUGACUGUGAUAAAAAUAGAUUGAACAGUAAUCAGAACUGUUCAUUUAGUCUAAGCCAGUCUAACUGUAAUAAAUGUACUCAAGGUGAAUGUAAUAACUCAGAUGGAUUCUGUGAUUGUAAACGAUCAUGCCAAGAGCGUAAUAUAAAUAUUACCUCAGUAACCUCACAUGAACUCUCCCCUUCCACUGCUGAUCUUCCAGAGAAGGGUGCCUCAACGUCAAAUUCAAAGACAGCAUUACAAGUUUUAGAAUCAUUACAAUUUUUGAAUUCCACACCACUUAGUUUACCUGUAUUUAAACAAGAUUUGGUACAGUGCUCUUCAAAAUUGACAGCUAGUACUAGUGCAUUGCCUAAAACUUCAACUGAAAAUAGUAGGCUAGGCAAACUAGACACUGCCUCUGUUUCAUUACAGGGUAGCUCUAAAGCAGAUUUGUCAGCCGAUUGUGAUAAGGCAAGUCCUUUAGAUACUGAAAAUUCUGUCGACUCAAAUGACCUUAUGAACUCUGACCCUAAAUCACCCCUGGACCCCUUGAUGAACUUGUGUUCUUGCUCAAACAGUGGUAGUCCUAGUCAGGAGAGUGUAGCUUAUAAGGUCUGUAAUCCUGGAUUUGAAGUUCUCUGUUCCCCUUCUAGAAAUAGCUCAUCUAACAAAUCAAAUGAGGAUCACAUUAAAGAAGUAGACGUUGAGAAUGGAGAAGAGACUAUCAGGGGAGGUAAACAGAGCAGCCUGCACAACGAACCCUCAUCCGUGACAGAUUUGAUCACUUCUAGAAGAGCAACUAAAUUCCAAAUCCAGAGAAGUCUUGGGGAAAGUUCGGAAAAUAUCCGACGGACAUCCUGGAGUUUAUUCCAUGAUCAGAACAAUAGUGCGGACAAUGUUCCGAACUUGAAUAAAAAAUCAGAUCUGGUGUCUGAACCUGUCAAGUCAGAAGGCUCUUUAGGUUCAACGCUGAAACUUAGAUUUCGAGGUGAGAGUUCUGUGAAGAAGGAGGCGUGUCCUUAUGUGACAUCAGUCAGUCAUAUUAAUGAUCUCCCGCCCACAAUACUCGUGUACAUUCUAAGACAUUUAAGAAUGAGUGAAUUACUACAUAGGGCUUCAUUGGUGUGCAAACUGUGGCAUCAGCUUGUGUACGACCCUGACCUUUGGAGGAGGAUCGACCUUAAGUAUCAACACAAGGUCACUGAUACACAGCUGUUGACCUUGACCCAGAUAAGUGACAGAGUGACCCACAUUGACAUCAGUGACACCCACAAUCUGACCUCUGAGGCCGUGGAGCAUGCUCUGAAGUGGUGCACUCAUCUGAGGUCACUCCAUAUGUCAAGGGGUUACAAGCUGAGUGAUGGCGUCCUAGAGGUGGUGGGCCAGAAUUGUCACAGACUGCAGACCCUCAUCAUGGAUGGCUGCUACAAAAUCACCAACAAUGGGCUCUUAAAGAUGGCGGAGGGCUGUCCUGAUCUGAGGAAGAUAAACCUGAGUCGGUGUUCGUACCGCGUCACAGAUGACGGUGUUCUGGCCGUUGCCGAGAACUGUCCACGACUGAGGGAGGUUAUUCUGGCCUAUCUUUCCGAGGUGACAGACACUUCCUGUGUCAGGCUGUGCGAGAUGUGUUCUGACCUUGAGGUCGUGACCUUGAUGUUUUCUGGGGUCAGCGAGAAGGGGGUCCGGUCCCUGACCAAGCUCCGUAAACUUAAGGUUCUUGACAUCUCCAGCCUGCCUGGCAUCUCGCCAGCAGAUGUCGCCUCCCUGACCCAGUACUGCCCCGACCUUGAGGCGAUGAACGUCUCCUUAAACCCACAGAUAGAUGAUGCGUGUCUGCUGCAGGUCGUUAAGUACGGACGCAAGCUCCACCUACUACAGUGUGUGUCCUGUCACGUCACGGACCAUUUUAUGAGUGAGGUGGGAAAGUACACAAAGACCCUGAAAAACCUGGACAUAGGGUGGUGCCAGGAAGUGACGGACAACGGAAUCCGCACGCUGUCCGCCACCUGUCAAUCCUUGCGGUACCUUGGUCUGAUUCGAUGUGAUGCAGUCACCGCGGAUGCUGUAGAAGAACUCGUGGCGAAAUAUCCACAAAUCACGUACUCAACAUUUAUACUUGAGUCCAAGAAACUGAUCGAGCGAGCCCGGAGGGAGGGGUUCAUGUUUAAUGAUGAUCAAGUCAACAUGCUGGUGUAGACUUUAUAUAGAAUUGUCUUGUUAAAAUGGAUAAAUGUAUUUGUGGUUUCAGUGGAAGAAUUGAAUGGGAAAUGUUAUCUUUAAUUAGACUAGAAUUGAAUUAAAAAACUCAGUAUGCUGUUUGAUGGAAAGAUGUGAACUGUCUAGUGAUCAGACAUUGUGUCGUCUGUAAACAAACUCCUAUUUAUUGUGAAUUUUAAUUUUAUGUCUUGCUGAUCAAAAUCAUGUAGACUUGUCAAUGAGAGGAAGAUAUGGUCAAGACUUUAUAUGCCUUGUUGGAGUGUAACCUGUUAUUGUGAAAUUGAAUGCAUUGCUUAGAACCAUUUUAACAAGACCUUGGACUUUCAGUAGGACGUAACUAUCUAUGUGUAGCGUCAAAACAAGUUAACUGAUUUAAAGCAAAAUAUGCACUGAUUGUGUAGUCUUUGCUCAAAAGCAGACAAAUCUUGUUGAUUUCAAAGACCCAUGACAGAGUGGCCAACAAUAAAUUGACAUAUGCCUGUUUGACACAACUACCCAAAGUCCAAGAUCUUGUUAAAAUGGUUCUAUAUAGAUGACCAUAUAGCUUCUAGCACCUAGUACCUCUGGCAGAUAGGGGGCGGGGACAAUAUAUUGACUCUGCGAGAUAUGGUACAUAAGUGCAUGUUAGGGAAGCUCCAUGAUUAUAGCAAAUUAACCAUCAGAUCUAACUUAUUUCUUUUAAAACUAUGUUCAAGCUAUAAACUUUCAUUUAAUAAAGAACAAUUUCAGAACUUUGUAAAUUUGAUAACUUUCCCAUAUCUUUAUAAAUUUUAGAGUUCUUCUUCUUAGGGAGAUUCAUAAGGUCUAAAUAAAAUGGCCACGACCA